AUGACUUCGCAGCCAUCCAACCCCGAGACUGACGCACCAGUUGCCCCCGGGCCAACAGCCGGCGGACUCGCAAGGCACGAGUACUUCUGGCGCGAUCGACAGCCAUGGAUUCGGGAGCAUGGAUACGUCUUGCGCCCGCGUUACGCACCAGACUGGAAGCCCUCCUGGCUGGAUAGUCAAAGGACGUUGGUGGAUACUAUCCUAGACGCCACCCAGCAGUCGGAUGGUAUGCUGGUGACGCUGAAGGCGAUUGACACCGCCGUCCAUCCGUUCGAGGUUGAAAUCGGACAGUUCCUGUCGUCUGAGCAGUCAACCAAAGAUCCGCGGAACCAUUGCGUCCGCAUCCUCGAGGUGCUGCAGGAGCCAUCCGAACUCAACAAGUCAAUGAUUGUCAUGCCCUUUCUCAAAAAAUUCGAUGCGCCGGACUUCCUGACGAAUCGUGACGAUUGGAGAGGCUUGCCCAGUUUUACGCGUGACUUCUCCGGAUGGGCAAGGCACUGCAGUCGCACUGAGCGCCCACCAAGAUACUUUUACAUCGACUUUGGGUUGUCCCGCAAGUGCGAUCCGGCGGACGGUCCGCCGCUGGAAUUGCCGGUAUUUGGUGGCGACAGAACCGUCCCAGAGUUCCAAGAAGAUGGAUACGACGUGCCCGCCGACCCUUUCCGCACCGACAUCUACUACCUAGGGAAUCUCAUACGGACAACCUUCUCGAAAGCGAGUAUCCGAACUCCCACGCUGCGCUGCAUGGCAUAUACUAACCCGGAAUAUCUUCAGGAAUACCGUGGCUUUGAGUUCAUAGAGCAGCUUGUAGCCGACAUGGUGCAGAGCGAUCCGCAGAAGCGCCCGACUAUCGCGGAGGUCGAGACGCGGUUCGACGCGAUAUCCCGCGAGCUUUCGUGGUGGAAGCUCCGAACGAGACUAGUGUACAAAGAUGAGACCGUCUUCGAGCGUGCGGUGCUCAGUACGGUGCACUUCUUCCGCACAGCGAAGUUUCUCGCCAAACGGCGGCCUCCCAUACCAACGCCCUUUCCGUGA